AGAUGUCAUUUUUGACAAUAAUCAGCUGUGGUGAAGUGUGGUGUUGUUGUUGCACAGCAGGUUGUUUGUUUGUUGGUUUCUGUGCCUCGUCCUCAGCCCGUGCUUUGUGCGUCAACCACGAUUUGCGUUCAAACAACUCAAAUAAUAGCUAACAAAACAAUAAAAAAAACACGACAAUCGUAUUUCCAUAAGACUGAUAUGUCCAAUUUGAAAAAGGAACGAAAGUGGUUCAAGCCUACAUUUGAUUUCGAUGAAAAUGAGCCACCUCAGCGUAAGAAACCUCGCAAAGAAACUUCAAAAUCAUCCCAAUCACCUUCGAAAAAUGUGAACACUUUCAUUUCAACUACUAACAACAAUACCAACUUAUUGCAAGUGAACCACAAAGAUUGGAUGAAAAACUUUGAUCCAGUAUUACCUGAAGAUUUGGCUGUUCACAAUAAAAAAGUACAAGAAGUCGAAGAGUGGCUAAGAGCUGCUUGUGCCCAUAAUAACAGUGAUGUGUUACUUCUAACUGGUCCUGUGGGUUGUGGGAAAACAAUAACUGUCCAUACUAUAGCAAAGAAAAAUAAUAUUAAAGUAACAGAAUGGAUAACUCCUCUUGAUAUUGAUAUACCUUCAGACAAUGGAGAAUUUGAAUACAGAGAGAAGCAGUCCACAAAGUUUCUAGACUUCAUUAUUAAUGCUGCCAAUUUUACGUCUCUAUUAGAUAAUAAUCAGAAUAAGCUAGUUUUGGUAGAGGACUUUCCAAACACAUUUUUAAGAACUCCUACAGAAUUCUCAGAUGUACUCCUGCAAUAUAAACACAGAGCGAAGUCACCUCUAGUGCUGAUAUGUUCUGAAUCCCAUACAGAUGGCAAAAAUACUUCAAUCAGUUUAUUUACACCAAGUCUUAAAGAACAAUUUCAAAUCAAUCAUAUAUCGUUCAACAGUGUCUCGGUGACAGGAUUAAGGUCAGCUCUUAAAAGAGUGUCAGAAAUAAUAAGCAAAAAGUACACUUCAGUUUACAAUGUACCAACAGCAGACAUGAUUGAGUGUGUAGUCAACUCUUCAGCUGGAGAUGUCAGAUCUGCAGUUUUAAAUUUACAUUUUGCAUCUCUAAAAGGAAGUAGUUGUAAGUUAGAAACUAGCAUGAUUAUUGAGAAGGAAAGUAAAAGUAAAGCACCUAAGAAGAAAAAAACAGCUUCCAGUAAAUUUAUGUCCUUGGGCAAAGACCAAACAGUAAGCAUUUUACAUGGUGUUGGAAGAGUGUUAAAUCCUAAAGUUGUUGUAGAUAACGGUAAACAACGGCUGUCUCAUUCACCGUGCGACGUUGUUGAGCAGUUCUUGAGCAAUCCAAUUUCGUUUGUUAAUUUCCUAGAAGAAAACUACCUACCGCACUUUUCCAGCGCAGAUCAGGUGGAAAAAGCUGCAUCUAUUCUCAGUGAUUCUGACUACAUGCUUGCUGAGUGGAGGGAAAAGAUGUGUCAAGAAUAUGGCUUAUACACAGCAGUAGCUGGGCUAAUGUUGGCCAACAAAAAUCCAGUGUCUGCUUGGAAUCCAGUCAGAGGACCAAAGAAUAUGAAAAUUCAGUAUCCAACACAUCAAGAAUUUCCUUCAUUAGAUCAAAACUUUCUUCAUAAAGGAAAAGUGUUGGUUACAGACUAUCAAACAUACUGUAAGAUUAUUGGUGAUAAAACAUAAUUUUGUUAAGCAUUUUCUAUUGUUAUUAUUUAUAGUGUAAAAU